AUGACAACCAUGCUUUGUGCAAGCUGUCAACACAGCUUCCCAGAGGACAUGUUGGCUCCGGCGUCCUUCAGCACCCGGGUCGGCCGCUACCUGAGUCGUUCAACAUCCCUCUUGUGUGCAACUCGCGGCAAGACCAGCAAGGACGACCACCGCCUCUCACAACUCGCACAGCUGCUCCAGCAGCUCUGUGGCGCUGUGCAGGAGGAGGCACAGCUGCUUCAAGAGCGCCAGAACGACCUUCCAGUGGCCACCUUCUCGUCCUCAAUCGGCCGGACAGGACAGCAGCAGCAGCAGCAGCAGGAGCCGAAGAGCCGUGGGGGUGCACCGCAUACCGUGUCCUUCGCGUCCCCUAGCGACCGCUGCCGCGGAACCCCCAGCGUGGAGUUGUGCGGUGCAUUGGACGGGACGGGACGACUUCCUUAUGUGACCAUGUCCUCCUCUUCCUUUAGCGCGCCACCAAUCGCCUCACCGCGAGUCAUGUUCGAAGGCUCCGUCCCAUCGUAUCAGCUAAAGCGCAUGAUCACCGCCUUCGACCUCGUCUCUGCCACGCUAUACAACAUGCUGGAGAGUCUCGCGGUGCAGUGCAGGGCGAACGUGGCAUUGUUGUGGCUGCGGCCACGUCAAAACCUCUCCUCGUCAGAGCUGGUCGCGCCGUUUGUAGUGGGGCGUGACCUCUCGUCCCUGGCCAACUCGGCCCCCUACUGCACCGUCGAGUUCUCCAUUCCCUGCGUGGUAUGCCAGACAGGCGUGGCACUCAACUUGAAACCUCAGGUGCAUCUCCAGAACACCGCGCCCUCGUCUGGGGCGGACUCGAUGCUAACAGAGCUGAUGGAGCACACGAACGCCGCGCAGCUGCUGGUGCCGGUGCACGACCGCUACAAGGAGCGGCCUGUCGGGACACGGGCCUCGAUAGCGAAUGCGCCAUCAACGAUAGCGGUAGUUCACUUGAUCGGGUCGCCAAUAAACCCCGUCCCUUUCCACCGGCACAACGAGGAGGCGGUCGCGCAAACGUCAACGCUGCUGUCCUUCAUCGUUUCCUCCUACUACGAGACGAUGAUCGCUGAGUGGUCCAACCGCUUUUACGUGCCGACCACGUUGCACACCACGGGCAAGUACGCAGCCGGACUCGAUCUCCGGGCGGAGGAGAAGGUGAUUGACGACUUCGCAGCAGCCCCGCUGCUGAUGCUUCGCACCACCGUGAGCAAUCUAAGCGGGCACACGAGCGCGAACGAUGCGCGCGAUGCCCUGAAGCUCUUGAGCCAAAACGCGCAGCGGCGGUCUGCCCCACUUCGUCCCAUGGCGACUGUAAAGGACCUGUUUCACCACGCCACCGAGAUGGAGGCCAACUGGGCGUCGGCAGUGGAGCAAAUAACGCGUCUCGAGCAUACAGUGGAGGCGCUCAAGGAAGACCUGCUCCGUCGCGAUAUAAGCGACCUGCAAAAGGCACAAGGUGCGCAGAAGACUCGUGGCGCAUCAGCGGGCAACCACUCCAGGCACACCGCUGACAAGAAGUGUGCAGUGCAGCCUCCAUCGGUAGCCAUCGCGGUACCUGUAGAAGAAAAACGAAACUCGCUGUGCAUCGCCGGCAUCAACGUUCCCCUCACGCCACCUGUGCCUUACGCAUCCGAGACGGGCACUAUGGCGGCAGUCGCCUUCUCGUCUGCAGCCGAGCCAGUGCCUCCAAGCACCGAGGUACUCAAGGCGGAUGAGGUGAACUUACUGGAGGCGGUCACGCUACGACGUCUGCGGGACCUGGGCGUAGACACGUCGAUGUUUGAGUAG